AUGGACUCGAUUUAAGCAUACGGAAAGUUAUAAAAUUGGAUGGCAGUGGUGAAAAGGCUAGUACUUGUAUCCACAUUAAUUUAGCAAUUAAUUUGUAAUGCAACUCCUUUAGAGUUAAAGAAUAGCAUAAAUCAGUCAUCUAGUAAAUUAAACAUCUUGCUAGACAAGGCUCUCAUAUGUAAGUAACCAUUAAUCUAUUUCAAUUUUUAACAACUACAAAUGUAGUUUUUCAUAUUCCACUCUUAUAUUUUAAUUGCUUCCUUUAUUAUUAUUUUAGUACCGGAUAUUUAGAGCUUCCAACGUAACAAAUAAAUCAAUACAAAAAGAGAAGUAACGCAGAUGCAUUAAUUGACGAAGUUUUAUUAGAGUAAGACCAUUUUCAAUUCAAUCUCAACUCCAACCCAUAUAUACAUCAUUUAUUUUUUCUUAUUAUUUUUACUUAGUAAGUUUUUACCGCCAAACUCAAUCACUCCACUCAUAUUCACCAAGAAAUUGCCACAAGGAGGACAAUAUAGAUUUAAAGGAACUCAACCUUUGUGGGUCAAUGCAUUAGAGAGUCUUCUAAGUGUGGUGGUCCAAUUGUAUUACAAGAGCGAUCAAGAAUUGGCAGAGUUUAUGAAAGAGAAGGUCUUGAUCGAGUCAAAAAAGGAACUCAAACAAGAAAAGAAACCUGGAAGGAAAAAGAAGAUCCUUGAUAACGAUUCACCUAAUCAAGAAUAAACUGAAUAACAACAAUAAUAACCAUCAAAUACUAAUGUCUAUUCAUUACUGCAAUAAGAUGUCUUAGAUAUUCUAAUAUCUCCAUUAAGAAGUGAUUUUCCUUUUGAAACCUGGACAACCAAAGAAAUUGCCAUCUUCGAAUGUGGAAUGUGUAGAUAUGGUAAACAAUACGAAUUCUUAUCCCAUCUUAUUAAAACCAAAAAUGCUCAAGACAUCAUCUAAUUUUACUACUUCUGGAAAUUCACAAGUCAUUAUAAACUAUGGAAAAUUAAUAAAGCAUAUUAUCACCGCAGUAACCUAAAUAACUAUGUUUGA